CAGGUUUAUGCAUGUGUAUUUUCUGAUUGCAACUCCUCUUUUUCAUCACCAAACAGUUUAUUAAAUCAUUUGUUAGAAAAACACCGAGUUAACAGGAGUGACAAACUUGCAUGUCAGACUUGCGACCAAAACUUUCACGAUUUCUUGCAUCUUGUUAGACACUUGUUGCCUCGACGUAAUGGAUCUAACUCCGGUUGUCCUAUGCUGUAUAUUAGAUCAAGAAAAAAGGAAAGUAAAUUGGUGAAGAGAAAUCGUAAAUUUAUUUCACACCAUAGGUCUACUAAUGCACAGGAUGUAGAACGAAGUUCAAAGUCGUCAGCUGAAUACUCCAGUACUGCUAAUUAUUUGGAUCCGACAUUCCGUAUACUUCCUUUACAAAGUUUCAAAAAAGAUAAUUCAUUAUUUGGUUUCAAGUAA